AAGAGAAUCACACAACACUUAUCUGUCACUCAUUCAUCAUCGCCGCGCACUCCUCUCUCUCUUUCUUUCUUUCUUUGGGGUCUGCUUCCGGUUGCCUGUUGCCUCUGCUUCUUGCUUUCUUCUGAUUUCCUUUCUCUUCUAUACAAAUGGUUUACUUUUUGGAUAAUGGCUGCUGCUGCCUAAGCAUUUCCCAUCAAAAGAAAGAAGAAAGUCUUCGUUGAAUGAAAGGUGCUGCUUUUCAUCGGUGAUUCAUCUGUGUGUAAGAUUCAAAAUCUAUUUUCAAACGACAAAACCAUGAAAAUGAAGCUCCGGAAUUUGGUGGUGGGGAUGCUUUUGGUCACCGUAAUUGCCCCUAUUAUUCUCUACACUGAUAAUAGAUUCUCUACCUUCAACUCUUCUUCCUCCACGACCGAAUUCCUCGAAGAUGUUGCUUCUCUCACUCUUUCCGGUGAUUCCAGGGAUCAUCUAAAUGUGUUACCCCAGGAAUCCACUUCUCUUCUUAAAGAACCCAUUGGAAUUGUAUAUACUGACAACUCUACCAUUUCACCUCCACACACCUCCACCAUUCAAUUCCAUAGUUCUCCAUUACCGCAAGAUACAAGAGAGCAUAAAUCUACUAGAGUAUUAUCCGCCACCAACGACCAGCAUCAAUCUCAAACCGAUACUAUCAUCAGACAGGUUACUAAUCAACAAGCAAGUCGGACGACUGAUGCCAAUAAUAAGAAUUCCAAACAGAACCCAUCCGAUGGAGGAUCUCAAAAUGCGGUUGUGCAGCAGUCUUCUCUAACUUCUGAAAAGGUCACUGAGAAAGGACCCCCCAAGUCUAGAACUGAUAAACAGACAGCUCAAACACCUGUGCCAGAUGCUCGGGUGCGGCAACUCAGAGACCAACUUAUUAGGGCAAAGGUAUACUUGUCUCUUCCAUCCACGAAAAACAAUCCCCAUUUUACAAGGGAGCUUCGGUUGCGGAUAAAGGAAGUUCAACGUGUGCUUGGAGAUGCAACUAAAGAUUCUGAUCUGCCAAAGAAUGCCAAUGAUAAAUUGAAGGCAAUGGACCAAUCAUUGGCAAAAGGAAAGCAGGUGCAGGAUGACUGUGCCUCGGUGGUAAAGAAGCUUCGAGCUAUGCUCCACUCAAGUGAAGAGCAGCUCCGAGUGCAUAAGAAGCAAACCAUGUUUUUGACACAAUUAACAGCAAAAACACUUCCUAAGGGUCUGCAUUGUUUUCCAUUACGCUUGACCAAUGAGUACUACAGCUUGAAUUCUUCUCAGCAGCAAUUUCCAAAUCAAGAGAAACUAGAAGACCCUCAGCUGUACCACUAUGCAUUAUUCUCAGACAAUGUUCUGGCAGCAGCAGUUGUUGUGAACUCCACCAUUACCCAUGCUAAGGAUCCUUCGAAACAUGUUUUCCACAUUGUUACUGAUAGGCUCAAUUAUGCUGCAAUGAGAAUGUGGUUUCUAGUGAAUCCACCAGGCCAAGCUACUAUUCAGGUUCAGAAUAUCGAAGAGCUUACCUGGUUGAAUUCAAGUUACAGUCCUGUUCUCAAGCAGUUGGGUUCUCAAUCAAUGAUAGAUUAUUAUUUUAGGACACAUCGUGCAAAUUCUGAUUCUAAUUUGAAGUAUCGGAACCCAAAGUACUUAUCCAUCUUGAACCAUCUACGCUUUUACCUGCCUGAGAUCUUUCCAAUGCUCAACAAAGUGUUGUUCUUAGAUGAUGAUAUAGUGGUACAAAAGGAUCUUACAGGCCUUUGGUCCCUUGACUUGAAGGGCAAUGUUAAUGGUGCUGUUGAGACUUGUGGAGAAAGAUUUCAUCGUUUUGAUCGAUAUCUCAACUUUUCAAAUCCUCUUAUCUCAAAGAAUUUUGAUCCUCAUGCUUGUGGAUGGGCAUACGGAAUGAAUGUCUUUGAUCUGGAUCAAUGGAAGAGGCAAAACAUCACUGGUGUAUAUCAUACAUGGCAGAAGCUGAAUCAUGACAGAUUGCUGUGGAAGUUGGGGACCUUACCACCUGGCCUCAUCACUUUUUGGAAACAGACUUAUUCCAUUGAUCGCUCUUGGCAUGUACUAGGCCUUGGGUAUAACCCCAAUGUCAACCAAAGAGAAAUUGAACGAGCAGCUGUCAUACACUAUAAUGGUAACUUGAAACCAUGGCUUGAGAUAGGCAUAUCCAAGUACCGCAACUAUUGGGCGAAAUAUGUAGAUUAUGAUCAUGUGUAUUUGCGUGAGUGCAACAUUAACCCCUAAAAGGACCCUCUCAUUAUAUCCAAUCAUCAGAGCACCGCUUAUCCCGUGUGGCCAAACAUUUUUACAGGUCUGCAUCACUCUCUGUAGGUUCUUUUGUUAUCUAGAUAGAAGCUUCUAAGAUUAAUUCUUUCUGUAUACAAUCUUUUUUCUCUUUCUGGCGUGGUAGUUAAUUUUGGUACCCUUGGUUACAUGUCUGCAAAUUGGCAGUUGUAUUUGUAAAUGAUUCCUACAUUUACCUUAUUUUUUGCUGUAAUAUUAGUCGGUCAACGUCCUGUCUA